AUGCCUGUCAAGACGCAAGCCGAUGUUAAAGAAGACAGCCAGCGAAAGCGGAGAGUCCAUAAAAAGUCGCGAAAGGGUUGUCGAAACUGUAAGCUGCGGAGAGUGAAGUGUGACGAGACAAGACCGCAUUGCUUAAAGUGCAAAGAUUAUGGAUAUGCAUGUAAUUAUGACUCCAAAACGCCAGAUUUGGAAUUGAUCUAUUCUGAAACUCCUACAACUGCGAAAUCGCGAAUUGAACCUUUACAAUCAUCAUGGUCUAUCGAUUCUACACCAUCUCAACAGAUGGCCAGCAUCCCCACUACCUUAGAACCAUUAUGCGUUGUCGGCGAUGACAUCUCGUCAUUUGAGCUUGAUAGACAGAGCCUCGAUCGACUAGAUCGCUUUCGGCACCGAACCGUUCUUACCCUUGGAACCCCGACUGCUGCAGGAGUAUUCCAUGAAUUUGCCGUCUUCAUGGCCUGUGAACAUCCCUUCCUAAUGCACGCUCUCCAAACCCUCACUGCCUGCCACGACCGAUAUCUUACCCUCCACCACGCAACAUCAUCGCGUCGCACAUCAACAGAAGCCUAUCACCUAUCCCGCGCCGCUUCACUCUUUAACCAAAAACUCUGCGCUCCAAUCGCAAACAACGACAAAGAUGCUUUGUGGGCCACCGCAGCACUUCUCGGAAUCGUAGCCGUAUCAUCAAUCGAAGCUUCCUCUCCCUACGAAGCAUGGCCUCUCACCUCAUCAGCAGAUACCGAUCUCGACUGGCUACGUAUGAGCGAAUCGAAGACCGUUAUUUUCGAGCUCACAAACCCCAUGCGCAAAGAUAGUAUCUUCCAUGUUCUAUCCAUCGAUUACAAUAACGCGCACUACAAACGCGAUGGGAAUCUCGAUCUCUCAUCCCUUCCGACUCAUUUCAUCGAACUCUUCGAUUUAGACGAGCAUUCGACCGUUGUUAAUAAUCCCUAUUAUCUGACCCUCAUAUCUCUUCAGCGUAUCAUCAACAUCGAAUGCAAUCGAUCAGCCAUGUUAUCUUUCCUCGGUUUCCUGACUAGUAUAUCUCCGCAAUACAAAAUUCUUCUGAAAAUGAAAGAUCCAAAAGCUUUGCUUCUACUGUCAUAUUGGUAUGCGAAAGUCUGGAGAAUGGUCUGGUGGGUAGAACGCAGAGCGAUUCUGGAAUGCCAAGCUAUUUGUAUUUAUUUGGAUAGAUAUCAUAGCGACGAUCUGCUGAUUCAAGAAUUGUUGUUGUUCCCAAAGCGAGAGUGUGGUUUACUUGGUUAG